GAGAGAGGCUGGGAGGGAGGAGGGAAAGCGCCGUCGCUUCCUCCCGUCACUAAAGCAAUAACCCAUUAGGAUUUUUUUUUUAUUUUUUUUAUUUUUUUUUUUUUUACGGGCAACUAUCAACCCAGAGCUAAAGAAGGAGAGAGAAGCAUCGCCAGACCAACUCUUGUCAUUUCCAGUAAGAAGUUGCAGACUUCAUGUAGCUGCCUCUGCUCUGCUGAGAGAGGGAUGGAAAUUGUGUGCAGUGCAGAGUGGAAAAUACCCCCGGUCUAAAGAAGUGCACCGGCGUUUUUCUUGCUGUUUGUUUGGGUUGUUGCGUGCACAUUAAACACCCAAAGGAUCGCCGCUUAAUAGAAAUGAAACGUGGAGAGGAUGACUAACGACAGAACUGUGAAUUUGUUCACUGGAGUUGCUAAUUUGCCACCCUGAAGCAACACAUAUCUCAAGGAGGAAGCAUUUAGCUGCUGCUGAUUUCUCCAAAACUGGUGGUUUACCAGAUGCAUUGUGCUGUAUCUGCUGGAACAGAUCAUUGCUUAGCUGCAGCAGAUCGUCAAAGGUAGACAACCAACUGCUGUCUCCAAAUAAGAAAUGAGAUGUAAUGCAUCCUGCAGUCCAUGCAUGCCUCCUCUUGCAAAUUGCGCAUCAUUCCUCUCUGGAAACCUUUAAAUCCUAAAAUCCAGGAAAAGAGCCUAAAAACAUUAUCAUGAACCUAAGGGAUUUUUACCUGUUGGCCGCUUUGAUUGCCUGUUUAAGGCUGGAUUCUGCUAUAGCUCAAGAACUUAUUUACACUAUUAGAGAGGAGCUGCCUGAAAACGUACCCAUAGGGAACAUACCAAAGGACCUGAACAUUUCUCAUAUCAAUGCUGCCACGGGGACCAGUGCCAGCCUUGUCUACAGACUGGUGUCUAAAGCAGGGGAUGCCCCUCUGGUCAAAGUCUCCAGUAACACCGGGGAAAUCUUUACGACAUCUAACAGAAUAGACAGAGAAAAACUCUGUGCUGGAGCUUCCUAUGCAGAAGAAAACGAGUGUUUCUUUGAACUUGAAGUGGUGAUUCUCCCCAAUGACUUUUUUAGGCUGAUCAAAAUAAAAAUCAUUGUAAAGGAUACUAAUGACAAUGCACCUAUGUUUCCAUCCCCUGUCAUCAAUAUCUCCAUCCCAGAAAACACUCUGAUCAACAGUCGCUUUCCAAUCCCAUCAGCAACAGAUCCUGACACAGGUUUCAACGGCGUUCAGCACUACGAGUUGCUAAACGGGCAGAGUGUCUUUGGACUGGAUAUUGUAGAAACUCCAGAAGGAGAGAAAUGGCCUCAGCUGAUAGUGCAGCAGAACUUGGACAGAGAGCAAAAGGACACCUACGUGAUGAAAAUUAAAGUGGAGGAUGGAGGUACCCCCCAGAAAUCCAGCACAGCCAUCCUGCAAGUCACAGUAAGUGAUGUCAAUGAUAACAGGCCAGUAUUUAAAGAGAGUCAAGUAGAGGUUCAUAUACCAGAGAAUGCCCCCGUAGGCACUUCUGUAAUUCAGCUUCAUGCUACGGAUGCAGAUAUAGGAAGCAAUGCAGAAAUCAGAUAUAUUUUUGGUGCCCAGGUCGCCCCUGCAACCAAAAGAUUUUUUGCUUUAAACAACACCACAGGGCUGAUUACAGUUCAGAGGUCCUUAGAUCGAGAAGAGACUGCUAUUCACAAAGUGACAGUGCUGGCUAGUGAUGGUAGCUCUACACCAGCCCGGGCAACUGUUACCAUCAAUGUCACUGAUGUAAACGAUAACCCUCCUAACAUAGACCUCAGGUACAUAAUAAGUCCCAUCAAUGGCACAGUGUACUUAUCUGAGAAAGAUCCCAUCAAUACAAAGAUUGCCCUAAUUACAGUUUCAGAUAAGGACACUGAUGUGAACGGCAAAGUGAUCUGUUUCAUUGAGAGAGAGGUCCCCUUCCACUUGAAGGCGGUUUACGACAACCAGUAUUUGUUAGAGACCUCUUCCUUGUUGGACUAUGAGGGCACCAAAGAAUUCAGCUUUAAAAUUGUUGCUUCUGAUUCUGGCAAGCCCAGUUUGAACCAGACUGCCCUGGUAAGAGUUAAACUGGAGGAUGAAAAUGACAACCCUCCGAUUUUCAGCCAGCCUGUAAUUGAGCUGUCAGUUUCUGAAAACAACCGACAUGGUCUAUACUUAACAACUAUUAGUGCCACAGAUGAAGACAGUGGGAAAAAUGCAGACAUUGUUUAUCAGCUUGGCCCUAAUGCCUCCUUUUUCGAUCUGGAUCGAAAGACAGGAGUUUUGACAGCCUCCAGAGUUUUUGACAGAGAAGAGCAGGAACGUUUCAUUUUCACUGUUACAGCCCGAGACAAUGGCACCCCUCCUUUGCAGAGUCAAGCAGCUGUAAUUGUUACUGUGUUGGAUGAAAAUGACAACAGUCCCAAAUUUACUCAUAAUCACUUCCAGUUUUUCGUAUCGGAGAACUUACCAAAGUAUAGCACGGUGGGGGUGAUCACAGUGACCGAUGCGGAUGCUGGGGAAAAUAAAGCAGUGACCCUUUCCAUCCUGAAUGACAAUGAAAACUUUGUGCUGGAUCCGUACUCUGGAGUUAUAAAGUCCAAUGUUUCUUUUGAUCGAGAACAGCAGAGCUCCUACACCUUUGAUGUUAAGGCAGUGGAUGGAGGGCAACCUCCUCGCUCUUCAACAGCGAAAGUAACCAUAAACGUCAUGGAUGUUAAUGAUAACAGCCCUGUUGUCAUCUACCCACCUUCUAAUACUUCUUUUAAGCUAGUGCCACUCUCAGCAAUUCCAGGAUCGGUGGUAGCCGAAGUCUUUGCUGUCGAUAUAGACACUGGCAUGAAUGCCGAGCUGAAGUACACGAUUGUAAGCGGAAAUAACAAGGGUUUGUUUCGGAUUGAUCCGGUGACAGGUAAUAUUACUCUGGAAGAAAAACCAACUCCUAAUGAUGUGGGGCUGCAUCGCUUAGUUGUCAACAUAAGUGAUUUGGGUUAUCCUAAAUCCCUGCAUACUCUUGUGCUUGUAUUUUUGUAUGUAAACGAUACUGCUGGAAAUGCCUCUUAUAUUUAUGACUUGAUACGCAGGACUAUGGAAACACCUUUGGACCGGAACAUAGGGGACAGUAGCCAACCCUACCAAAAUGAGGACUAUCUCACGAUCAUGAUCGCUAUUGUGGCAGGUGCCAUGGUUGUCAUAGUGGUGAUAUUUGUCACGGUUCUCGUUCGCUGUCGACAUGCGUCCAGAUUCAAAGCCGCCCAGAGGAGCAAGCAAGGUGCUGAGUGGAUGUCUCCCAAUCAGGAGAACAAGCAAAACAAGAAAAAGAAAAGGAAGAAAAGGAAAUCUCCGAAGAGCUCUCUUUUGAACUUUGUGACCAUUGAGGAGUCCAAACCUGAUGAUGCAGUUCAUGAACCUAUCAACGGGACAAUAAGCCUUCCAGCGGAGCUGGAGGAGCAAAGUAUAGGAAGAUUUGACUGGGGCACAGCACCACCAACAACCUUUAAGCCUAACAGUCCUGAUCUUGCCAAGCAUUACAAAUCUGCCUCUCCGCAGUCUGCUUUUCAUCUCAAACCUGACACUCCAGUUUCAGUGAAAAAGCACCAUGUGAUUCAGGAACUCCCGUUGGACAACACCUUUGUUGGUGGUUGUGACACCCUUUCCAAACGCUCUUCCACUAGUUCAGAUCACUUCAGUGCCUCAGAGUGCAGUUCCCAAGGAGGCUUCAAGACAAAGGGCCCCUUACACACCAGACAGGUAAACGAGCACUUUUACUGGUCUAUAAGUACUGCAUACAAGUGCCCGAUCAACCAGUAUUAAAAGUGCCACUAUAUUGUGGGGUUUUUUGUUUCAGUCUGAUUUAGUUACAUUACGGGGGGAACAAAAAAAAAAAAAGCCAAAACCUAAAACAAAAAGAAAUAAAAAAAAACACUUGGCCCCUUUAUCAUUUACCUGGGGCUUAAUCAUGCAUUUGUGAAAUGCCACCGAUACUUUGAGUUUUGAAUAUUACUGAUUGUUAAAGGACUGUUACACGUCUGUGCAAGUGCAUAUACAUGUGCAUAAAGAAAACUGAAAAAAAGAAAAACUUUUUUUUUUCUCCCCAGUAUUUCUUCAAAUACAAAAGUUAUUGAAGAACAAAACCUCUUUCCUUAUAUGCUAAAUUUCAGUCAGAAAAUCUGACUGUUUCAAGAUUGAAGGGAUAUGUACAUUCAGUUUGAAAUUUCAAAGUGAGUUGGCUUGAAUUUCUUUUACGGUUCAAGCUGAUUUGGAACAUUGCUAAGUUAGUGUUACUAAAGGGGUUAAUUUUAUUCCCUAACAAAGACAGCCAAAUUUCCAAGCUACUCCAUCUGUGAAGCACGUGGUUUGUUAAUAGGAUAUAAAUAAGCCAUACGGAAGUCUUCCUCUGUUUUGAGUUUAAAAUUACGUUAUUGUAAUAGAUGAAAGUUGGUAUUGCAUAGAAAGUUUGUUGCAUACUUUAAAAAAUGGCCAAAGCAUACUUUUGAAAGGAAUGCGUUCUCUGAAUACAUCUGAAUUAUGCAGAAAAAAAAAAAAGUCAUCCCAUUGUAAAUAUUUUCUCAUCUUAGUACUGCAUAAGUGAUCUGUCAUAACUCAUUUUAAACUGUGAAAUACGCCAUAUGAAGAGGGAUUAGGAGGCUGAGAAUCUCAUAUUUCAACCAAAUCCAGCAUUAGUUUUUCUUAGGUCUAAUAAUUCCUUGCUAAUAAAGAUUUAAAUGCGGCGCUGUCUAAUUUAUUUUAUUGGUGCUUUUCUUCUGCCGCCGCCGCGGCGUGGCACCCGGCGCCGGCGCAGCCUGUAGGUGGCACUACGGUACCGUGGCGCCUGCGCUGGCCCGCCGCCAGCCCUGCAGCAGCUCGGGGAAGCGGGGGGGAGGGAAGGCUCGAGCUGAUCCUACAGCCAAAGAACCUUUUAUUUAAGGAUAGUUGCACUGGAGUGGUCAGUAGUUAAGUUUUGUGUGUUUGCAAGGCAGCUUCCUUGGCGCUUCGCUUUCGCUGCACCGACUCGGUAGGUGUUAGGAGUCGCGUUUGUAUUCCCGCUGGCGCUGUGCUCUCUGAGUGAUGGUUAUUUGUCUGAAUUUAUUAGGGAUAUGAAUCCCAGAGAAUCAAGUGAGACACAUUUAGGCUUGUCUUUGCAAAAAGAUUUUGACAGUAGCCAAGUUUAGGAUAAAGUCAUCCUCCUGCUCUUGCAUUAGCCUUAUCUGAGAGGAAUGUGAUGUUCCCAGAACUGUGUCUUGACUUUGGGUGUCUGUAAGGUGUCACACUAACAAGAUGCUAAGAAUAAAACAAGCGCUUUUGAGGCAGUUCUGCUAAAGUAACUGCUUUAAAACAACUCAUACCUACAACCGGACACUGAAAACGUCUCAGAAGACUCACACAAAACUUUAACCUUUCUAAAGACUUUAAAGAAAGGUAUACUCCCAGAGCUGUCUUCAGGCUGUUACGCAGCACCAUACAGAUACUGUCAGCAGAAGUUAAAAAAAGAAGCAAUGUGGAAAAAACCCCAACAAAUUUUUAGAAUGAGUUCUGCAUGAUCUGUGGUUACUCGGCAGAAGUUUUCUCCCCAGUUUUAGUUACAAAACGUAACACCCCCAACCCACACAUUCCUUUUCUGUUCUGAGAUUUUGUUAAUCUAAUUUAAAUUAGCUUUCCAAACUCAAUUAGGAAACUCAGACUUA